UUUUGACCAUUAAUUCACUCUUUCUGUGGUCAAACCUCCAUUAAUAGUCUAUAAUUUAUUCUCGGCAUUACUUCGAUUUACAUUUUUUAGGGUUUAGUGUGGAGAUUCAGAUGAUCGACUGAAUGGGCAAUUAAUUGAAUUUCGAAGGUUUAUGCAUACAUGGAUGGAUCGAUAGAUUGAUGGGGAAGUAGCGGCAGCAGCAGAUUAAGCUAGCUGGGAUAAAAAAGGGUUGGGUUGGGUGUGGUGGCGUUCGUCACCAAAAGGGUGGGCCGCCUUUGACAAAAAGCACAUUUUGAUGACAGUGACCUCAUCAAGAUGCGAUUCAGAGCUGUCUGUCUCCUUUUCGUUAUUUUUCUUUCACAGCUAAGCUAAAAAAUUUAUCUUUUCUAAAAAAAAAAAAAUCGUUGUGACUGACUGUCUAUCUAAGGAUGGGAAAGGGAUUGCGAUUUCCUUAUUUUUCAUGGAAGAAAAAUCGCAGGCAAAGGCAAUAGGAUGAAGUGGAGCACAGCAGAUAUACAUUCGAAUGUAUGUAUGUCCCUAUCGGCUCUUUCAUUAUGGUCAAUAGCUGGUUUAUUUUUAUUUUUUCUCAUUUGUGGAUUUUAAAGAGGGAGUGAUAAAAUAGAUGAUAAAGAGGGGUAUGAUGAUAAGAUUGUUCUUUUGGCAAAGGCACAUUUGGUGUGUAAAAGGAAGAUUUAAAGGUGGGGAAAAGGGUAGGUGAAGAAUUGGAGAUACUACUACAGUACAUGUUUUCUUUCUUUCUUAAUUAAUUAAUUAUAUAUGUUUUUUGGCUUACUCUUUUGUCCUUCCCUUUUGUGCGUUUGCUCAAAGAUAUGCUUCUUUUUACAAUGAUUCUUAUGUCUUUAGAUAGAUGUGAAUGGGAAAAAGGGGUAAUCUGGCCCCUUCAUUGGAUAAGAUAAGCAAUCUGAUCAAAUGAAAACCAGAAAUGGUUAUAUGGUUCUUAAACUUUGAACAGAGCAAGUUUCAGAGCAGCAGAUAUUAAAGUUGAAGCGUAGAAAACAGUUGUUGAUAUUUAGCAAGUGAAGUCGUGGUAAUUGUAUCCCAGUUGGUUUUGUUUGUUUGGAAAGGAAUCCAAGUUAUCGACAGGCUUGGCCAUGGGUUGCUGCAAGUUCGAUAUGUCAUGGUCAUCUUGUGGAGGAUUUAGCCAGUUGAGAGAGAGAGCCUGCUGCAAGCUGGUAUUGGGAUGGGACAGUAGUGUUAAUUGGUUGGUUGUAGCUUGUAACAAGAAUCCACUGGAUCUGCACUGCAGAUCAGCUUGGUUGAAAGUGGCAAUUCAUUAAGUGGAAGGGAUUCAAUUUUAUGCUCUAAUUGAAUUCCUCCUGUGGAUACAUAUUGAUGAUAAAUAUAUAUAAUGUGUCCAUUUUGAUCUGACUGACUGAGCGAGCGAGUGACGUGUUUUUGGAUAAGUAGAAUGUAUACACCACAUAAGUGGCACAACCCCACCCUGAUAGAAGGAAGGAGCUAUGCUAUGCUAUGCUAUGCUAUGCCAAUAUAUAUAUAUAUAUAUAUAUGACAUUAGAUGCAAUGCACUCUGAGAGGAGACGAGGCUGUAAGAAUAAGGAAGCAGACAAGACAAGUGGAGACGAGUGUAGUGUAGUGGUGCAAUGAAUCUCCUCAAAUCUUUUUCUUUUAUGAACCCUUUUCCAUCUACGAUCUGUCUACGUAUCUACCCACCCAAUCUCUGCACCGCAGGUCCACUUUGCUUUGCCUUAGAAUAGCCAUAUCCAUACAAUAGAUUUGUUAAGGUUCUGGAUCCCAUCUCCGUCACCAUCACCAUCCAUCCAGACCAUAUAUCCCAAUGCAAUGCAAGGAAUACUUAAUUAUUUAACAUUCAAGAGCAGAGAGAUAGAUGGAUAGAUAGAUAGAUGCCCCAGCCUCUGCACUGAUAACCUGGUAGAGCUAGAUAGAUAGAUAAAGAUAUAGUACUACAAUAUGGCAAGAGAAAGAGAAACAGAAAGAGAAAAUGAUGAGUGCAGGCCUCCGAUCCCAGCAGCUCUGGUGAUGAGCCGAGUGGUGGGAGAUGUGUUGGGUCCCUUCACCCCCACCGCCGACCUGCGCCUUCUCACUUCCGAUGGCAGCAUCGUCUUCAAUGGCACCAGUUUGAGGCCCUCCAAUGUCGCCGCCCCUCCCCGCCUCCACAUCGCACCUCACCAUCAUUUUCAAGGCUUCUACACUCUUGUGAUGGUGGAUGCUGAUGCUCCUAACCCCAGCAAUCCACAUUUUAAGGAGUAUUUACACUGGCUUGUGACGGACAUUCCGGCAGCAGAAAGCUCCAGUGGUUCAGGCAACGAAAUGGUGAGGUAUGAGAGCCCGAAGCCGACGAUGGGAAUCCACCGGAUUGUCCUGGUGGUGUUCCAGCAGAGCAGAGGCAGAGGCAGGGCCGUCACCGCCCCGCAGUGGCGCCGGAAUUUCACGACCAGAGAAUUCUCUGAGGCCAACUGCUUAGGAUCCCCCAUCGCCGCCCUCUAUUACAACUGCCAACGCCAAAACGGCACAGGCGGCCGAAGACCACCUACCCUUCGUUAAUUAAUUAAUUAGUUCGCCGCCGGCGCCACCCAACUUAAUUUCUAUUUUGUACUCUGCCGCCAUGACAUAGAUGACGGGGAAACGGUAACGGAAACGAAAAUGGGAACUGGAACGGAAUCCGAAUUCAAAACACAGGUCUGAGUCUGACGGCGUCUCUCCUCCUCAACGGUUAUAUUUUUUGUGGAUUAAUGAAGUCGCAUUUUCGCUUUCAA